AAGUUUGAAACGGCUCGAGUUUGCCCCUUGCGCGAGUGUCAGCCACAGCAGCUUCGGCGAUGCGCCGUGCCGCGUAUUUGAAGUGCCUGAUUUUUGCUCCGUUGUGCGCAAACUUCGUGAUUCCAAGCCAGCCUCCGGCUCGAAUUAGUCCAGGUCUGAAAGCACGUGGGGGCUACGAGGAGAUUGCCCAGGAACCCGUGCUCUCACGGGAUCACGUGGCCAGCCAAAAGACCUGGAUCGUCAUCGGCGGGGGCGUCUAUGAUGUGGCGGGCUAUCUGCAAAAACACCCCGGUGGCCACAAGGUCUUGUCCAAGUACUUCUAUGGCCAGGAUGCGACUGAAGCCUUCGCAGCUACGAAGCACAGUCAGGGAGCCCACAAAUUGCUGGAGAGGUUUCGCGUGGGCGAGCUGGAGUCUGCGAACCGGCACGCGGUCAACUUGAAGGGCAGCUCCUGGGCGGGCAAACUUUUUACCAGAGAGGACCGCUUCCAGAUCCACAAGGUGCUUGGCGUGUACGUCCUGCUCCAUUACCUGUACCGACACAUCCGGGUCUUCGCAGGGAACCCCACCGGCGGAUUCACAGGAUCUUGGCUUUCCCUGCUAAUGGUCAUCCCUCACGCCAUGCUGUCCUUGUCCUCGCUGAUCUUCCACAUCCCCCGUGAGCGGGUGGCUGAGAAGCCGAUGAUUUGGCAAGAGUUCCGAGCCCACAACAUCUGCUUCGCGCUGCGCUCUUUCCUUUGCUUCACUCUGCUCUGGAUCGCGCAGCACGCGGAAAUGCAGGGCAGCCAUUUUGCAGUGGCCCUGCGGGGCGUCUGCGUGCUGGGCAGCGCCGCGCUGUGCCUCGGCGCCAUGCGCGCGGCGGACUGGGCCACGGCGCGCCUCCGGGAGAAAUCCGCGGAGUCCACCACGGCCACCAUGCCCUACUGGGAGGGUUGCUCGCAGAGGACGCAGGGCAGGUUCAAGGCCUUCUACAUGUUGGCCCAGAUUUUGGCCACCGGCGGGUGCCUCGCAUCCUUCAACCUCUUUUGGCCCUUCGCCAUUAUGCUGCCCAUUCAGCUGGCCUCUUUGCUGAUGACCCUGGUGAGGAAAGGCAUACUGUCCACCAAGGGCUAUCACCUCAUCUACACGGCCUCUCUUGUGGUGCCUUUCUUUGUUGGUUGGAUCAGCAGCCCCGCGCUCUUCUCGGGCCUGGCGGUCGGUGGGCUGGGGCUCUUUUACCUCAGGCGGUGCCUCCCGCACGGCGCAAGUUCGGCCAAGUACAUGCUGUGGACGCCGGUGGCUGUGUCCAGGGUCAUGCUGUUUCAUCGCUUGGGCUGCUGACCCGGUCCUUGAAAAAGACACCCAGUGACGAGGCUUCUCCACUUUUCGACCUUGGG